AUGGGGGUCGUUGCUCCAGUUCAUGUACCUGCCGAUGUUGAUAGACAGAUUGAUGUAAUAUUUGAGAAUACUUUGAAAGGAUUAGCUGAUAGAAAGAUACAUUAUUGUGGUGUCUUGUAUGCUGGAUUUAUGAUUGUCAACGAUAAACCUUACCUGUUAGAAUUCAACUGCAGAUUUGGUGAUCCGGAGACCCAAGUUCUGAUGAGACUCCUUGAAUCUGAUUUAUUCCAAAUUAUUAAAUCAUGUUUCUAUCAAAAUUUAUCCAAAUGUGAAAUCCAAUGGUCAACAAGAUCUGUUUGUGGAGUUGUCCUUGCAUCUGCCAAUUAUCCGAAAUCCGGCGAAAAGGGCUCCCCUAUCACAAAAAUACCUCCGCCUGAUAUGACAAAUGUUGUUUUCCACGCGGGUACAUCACGGAUAAACAAACAAAUUAUCACCAAUGGAGGAAGAGUGUUGUGUGUGACAUCGAUGGCUGACUCAUUGCAUAAAGCAAGGGCUCAUGCUAACAAAAUUGCUGAACAGAUUGAAUUUCAAGGGAAACAGUUUAGAAGGGAUAUUGGAAAAUAUUUAGAUACUGUAACACCAUCACUUUCAUAUGGCGCAAGUGGUGUGAAUAUUGACGAAGGAAACCAGUUUGUGGAAGACAUAAAGAAAUUGGUGAAGAAAACUUUGCUACCCGGAGCGACACAGAUUGGAGGAUUCGGCGCUGUUCUAGAUCUGAAAAACGCAGGUUUCAGUAACGAUUCUCAGUUGGUCGUUGGUAUUGACGGGGUUGGAACUAAAAUCGAGGUGGCCACCCUCUGCAAAAAUUUCUCAGGAGUUGGAUAUGACGUCGUUGCAAUGUGUGUGAAUGAUGUGAUUUGUCAUUGUGCGAAGCCUAUCGCAUUUUUGGAUUAUUUCGUUUGUGGGAAAUUGGAUAGGUCCAUGGCGACACAAGUACUUGCGUCGAUUUCUGACGCUUGUGUCGAGGCUGGAUGUUCUUUGAUCGGAGGUGAAACCGCCGAAAUGCCGGGUGUCUACAGUACUCAUCAAUGGGACUUAGCAGGAUGCGCAAUCGCUGCAAGAGAAUCCACUUGGCCAAUGCUUCCUCUUUCGUCGAGUAUCUCAGAAGGUGACGUCAUUAUUGGAUUACCGUCUUCUGGAUUACACUCCAAUGGAUUUUCAUUGGCUCGGAAAGUUCUGGCAGUUAAUGGAGUGAUGUACAGUGAUAAACUUCCAUGGAAUCACAAUUCCACAUUUGGAGAAGAACUUCUCACAGGGACAAAACUGUAUGUGAGGAGUGUUCUACCACUUCUUAUGGAUGGUCUAGUGAAAGGGUGCGCGCAUAUUACUGGUGGAGGACUAACAGAAAAUGCGAUCCGUGUUUUGGACAAAAACUCAGAUGUCACGCUUGUGAUUGACUGUGCCAUGUGGAGACCACACGAAAUGUUUGAAUGGAUUGCUGCAGCUGGUCCAGUGGAAACAAAGGAAAUGAUUCGAACAUUCAAUUGUGGAAUUGGAAUGAUACUAGUUGUUGCAAAAGACAAGUUUAUGGAAGUAAACACAAGGCUAACCGAACUAGCUGAACCGUUCUUUGAAAUUGGUCACGUGGAAAAAAGGACAACUGGACAAGCUAUAAGAUUUUUGAAUGAAGCGAAACUAUUCCACCGCGACACCUAUAAGACACAAAGAAAACGUGUUAAAGUCGCGAUUCUCAUUUCUGGUACCGGAACAAAUAUGCAGAAGCUAAUCGAAAGGUCUAAAACUCCGGAUAGUAAUUGCGAGGUAGUUGUUGUUGUAUCAAACAAAAAAAGUGCAGGAGGAUUGAAAAUUGCUGCUUCAUAUGGGAUUCCAACUAAAGUAGUACAGCAUACCGCUGAUAGAGUUACCGGUGAUACUGCACUUGCUGAGGUUUUAAAAAACUACGGGACCCAAUUGAUAUGCUUGGGUGGGUACAUGAGAAUCUUGAGUCCUUACUUCAUAUCUCAAUUCCCAUCAAGGAUCAUCAAUAUUCAUCCUUCUCUCCUUCCAUCUUUCAAAGGGGCACAUGCACUGCAAGACGCUUUGAACUUUGGUGCGAGGGUUGUUGGGUGUACCGCUCAUUUCGUUGAUGAAUUGGUGGAUCACGGAGAUAUUAUCGCUCAACGUCCUGUAAUGGUGGAAGACAAUGACACCAUUGAAACACUUCGGCAGAAGAUUCAAGUUCAAGAACACGAAAUGUUUCCAAAUGCUAUGGUUUCCAUUGCCGCUAAGAUUUUGGGGGAAUAG